AUGGGGCCCUCACAAGACACACUCCUCCGCUCCGCGGAUAUGAGCCUGACCCAGCUCUACAUCGCGAAUGAGAUAGGCAGAGAGGUCGUCAGCGCACUAGGCGAGCUGGGUUUGGUUCAGUUCAGAGAUGUCAACGAGGAAACGACGGCAUUCCAAAGAACGUUUACCAGCGAAAUUCGACGUUUGGACAAUGUCGAGAGGCAACUCCGAUAUUUUCAUUCCCAGAUGGAGAAAGAGAACAUCGAAAUGCGGCCUUCGUCGGAAUUUGAAAACACUCUGGGUGCCCCAAUGGCAUCUGAGAUUGAUGAGUUGACCCAACGAAGUGAAAGUCUCGAGCAACGAAUUUUCUCUUUAAAUGAAAGCUACGAAGUGCUUAAGAAGCGGGAGGUCGAGCUCAUUGAAUGGCGUUGGGUGCUAAGAGAAGCCGGCAGUUUUUUCGACCGCGCUCACGGACAUACCGAUGAAAUCCGGCAAUCCUUCGAUAACGACGAGGCUCCACUACUGCGCGAUGUUGAACACCAACACCAUCCUAGGCAGCAGGCCGACGACGGACAUCAGCCUUCCUUUUCCAUCAUGGAUAUCGGUUUUGUAUCAGGCGUUAUUCCUAGAGAUCGGAUCGGUGCCUUUGAGCGAAUCCUUUGGCGAACACUUCGUGGAAAUCUUUACAUGAAUCAAUCCGAAAUCCCUGAACGAAUCGUGGAUCCCUCCAAUAACGAGGGUAUUCAGAAGAAUGUUUUUGUUAUUUUUGCCCACGGAAAGGAAAUCAUUGCGAAAAUCCGGAAAAUUGCUGAAUCCCUUGGUGCAAAUCUCUAUGCCGUUGACGAAAACAGCGAACUUAGGAGAGAUCAAAUUCACGAAGUCAACACCCGUCUAAGUGACGUUGAGCAGGUUUUGCGUAACACGAAGCUUACUUUGGACGCUGAGCUAUCCCAGAUAGCUAGAUCGCUGGCUGCUUGGAUGAUUAUCGUGAAAAAAGAAAAGGCCGUUUACCACACCUUGAAUAAAUUCUCCUAUGAUCAGGCUAGGAAAACUUUGAUCGCAGAAGCGUGGUGCCCUACAAACUCUCUCGCAGCUAUCAAGUCUACCUUGCAGGACGUAAACGAUCGCGCCGGCCUCUCCGUCCCAACUAUUGUCAAUCAAAUUCGUACCAAUAAAACUCCCCCGAGUUACAUGAAGACCAACAAGUUUACCCAAGGAUUCCAAACCAUCAUAGAUGCGUAUGGAACCGCAAAAUAUCAGGAAUUGAACCCUGGUCUUCCAACAAUUGUAACGUUUCCGUUUCUCUUCGCUGUCAUGUUCGGCGAUAGUGGUCACGGGCUUCUCAUGACCAUGACCGCUGUUACCAUGAUUCUAUUUGAGAAGAAGCUUGCCAAAUCGAAAAUUGAUGAAAUAUCAAGUAUGGCCUUCUAUGGUCGAUACAUCAUGCUCCUGAUGGGUAUCUUCUCUAUAUAUACUGGUCUCAUUUACAACGACAUGUUCUCUCGGUCAAUGGAUAUUUUUCCAAGUGCUUGGGAGUGGCCAAAAGUUACCCAAGAGGGUGAAUCUGUGACUGCCACCCUCAAUUCGAAUUAUCGAUAUCCGUUUGGCCUCGAUUGGGGUUGGCAUGGCGCUGACAACUCUCUUCUUUUUACUAACAGUUUUAAAAUGAAAUUGGCCAUUUUACUAGGUUGGGCUCAUAUGACCUAUUCUUUAUGUUUAUCGUUCGUCAACGCCCGGCAUUUUAAGAAGCCAAUAGAAAUUUGGGGAAAUUUUGUGCCUGGCAUGAUCUUCUUUCAGUCGAUUUUCGGUUACUUAGUCUUCACCAUUCUUUUUAAAUGGACGAUUAACUGGGAGACGCGAGGAGCACCGCCACCAAGUCUUCUCAAUAUGCUGAUCUUCAUGUUCCUUCGACCAGGAAGUGUGCAGGAGCCAUUAUUCAACAACCAAGCUGUAAUCCAGGUUAUUCUUGUGACCAUGGCGGUCAUCCAAGUCCCCAUUCUUUUGUUCCUAAAACCAUUCUACCUUCGCUGGGAACACAACCGUGCGCGUGCUCUUGGUUAUCGAGGCCUUGGCGAAGUAUCAAGAGUCAGCGCGUUAGAUGAGGACGGCGCACCUGACGGCCGCGCUUCCAACCGCAACAGUAUGGCUAGUGAUGGAGAAGGCGUUGGAAUGAUUACACAGGACAUGCGCGAAGAAGAACAUGAAGAAUUCGAUUUUGGAGAUGAGAUGAUCCAUCAAAUUAUUCAUACAAUUGAAUUCUGUCUCAACUGUGUUUCUCACACUGCCUCUUAUCUUCGAUUAUGGGCAUUGUCCCUUGCCCAUCAACAGCUAUCCAUUGUCUUGUGGAAGAUGACAAUUGGCGGAGCGUUCAGCCAAAGCCCUGGCAUCAUGCAAGUUAUCAUGAUUAUUGUUACAUUCUACAUGUGGUUCACUUUGACUGUCUUUGUGCUCUGUGUGAUGGAAGGAACAAGCGCAAUGUUGCAUUCCCUCAGGUUGCACUGGGUUGAAGCAAUGAGCAAACAUUUUAUGGGAGAUGGACUUCCUUUCACUCCAUUUAGCUUCAAGAUCUUGCUAGAGGAGGAUCCUGUUGACUAA